AUGAAGAGAUCCACAGCUACCAUCCUCCUGCUGAUGCUUUCGCUCGUGUCCCUCGCUUCUGCCGGCGACGUGGACAACACCAUCCGCCUCCCGAGCGACGGCAAAGGAAUUCCUGAUGAAGCGAGCAUGGCGCUGACCGGGGCGAGGGAGAAGCAGGGCGGCGAGGAGAGGCCGUGGGACUGCUGCGACCGGACCAUCUGCACCAGGUCGAUCCCGCCGGUCUGCCUCUGCCUGGACCAGGUCGAGCGGUGCGCCGCCGCGUGCAAGCGCUGCGAGCCGGCCGACUCUGACCGGUCCCUCUACGUCUGCCGCGACCAGUACUUCGGCGAUCCCGGGCCCGGGUGCACCGACGGCGCCGCCGUUGCCGCCGCCGGCGGUAACUAG